CUAAACCAAACCGGACCUGAUCUACCUUUUUGGCAGCUCUAAAUUUGAGCAAAAUGACGGAGAAGACAGAGGCAUAGGCUGCAGCGUCAUCGGAAUCAAUCACGCUCUCGAUCGUAUCAAACGCGUAGCAGCAAAGCGGGGCUCACGAUCCGGGGAGUCAACGGUAGCAGUGAGGCAUGAUCUCCCAGUUCUUCGUGCUUUCUCAGAGGGGAGACAGCAUUGUCUUCCGCGACUGUGAGUUAUCUUUCUAUCCCUGCACACAAACAUGUGAUGUAUCUAUCUAAAGCCGCGAUUGUUGUUUGUGCGUUGGAUUUUAUGGAAUCCAGAUCUUGUCAAUCCAAUCAUGCUGAGAAAUCUAUUCUCAACAACUUUUGGUUUUGAUGAGUUUGUGAUUGUGAGCUGGAAGUAAAGUUACAGGAUCUUCAAUUGAGCUUCCUGACCUGAAUUGCUAUAGAGGAGAUGUACAAAAAGGAAGUGCAGAGAUUUUCUUUCGCAAAGUUAAGUUUUGGAAAGAAGACGGGGAAGAAGAAGCACCCCCUGUAUUUGUAGAAUGUGGAUGGUGUAAAUUACUUCCAUGUGAAGGUUGUUGGUCUGCUUUUUGCUGCAACUACGAGGACCAACGUCUCACCUUCUCUGGUGCUGGAGCUUCUACAGAGGAUUGCACGUGUUACCAAAGAUUACCUUGGCAUUCUGAAUGAAGAUUCCUUGAGAAAGAAUUUUGUACUUGUGUACGAGCUACUUGAUGAAGUUAUUGAUUUUGGUUAUGUCCAAACAACAUCUACUGAAGUAUUGAAGUCCUACAUAUUUAAUGAGCCAAUUGUUGUUGAUGCUGGUCGUUUGCCACCAGCUGGCCCUGCUGCUAUGUUCAUGCAAGGGACAAAAAGAAUGCCAGGGACGGCUAUUACCAAAUCUGUCGUAGCAAAUGAACCAGCCGGUAGAAAGAGGGAGGAAAUUUUUGUGGAUAUAAUUGAGAAAAUAAGCAUUACAUUCAGCUCAAGUGGAUAUAUAUUGACUUCUGAAAUUGAUGGCACCAUUCAAAUGAAGAGUUAUCUUACUGGUAAUCCAGAAAUCAGAUUAGCUCUUAACGAGGAUCUGAGCAUAGGCAGCGGUGGGGGAUCAAUAUAUGAUUAUGGUGGCUCUUCUGGGUCAGGAGCAGUUAUAUUGGAUGAUUGCAAUUUCCAUGAAUCUGUUCGUCUUGAUAGUUUUGACAUAGACAGAACCUUGACACUAGUCCCCCCUGAUGGUGAAUUCCCUGUCAUGAAUUACCGUAUAACCCAGGAAUUCAAGCCUCCUUUUCGAAUCAAUGCUUUGAUUGAAGUAGCUGGAUCACUCAAGGCUGAAGUAAUUUUGAAGAUUCGAGCUGAGUUUCCAUCAAACAUAACUGCAAAUACUGUGGCAGUGCAGAUGCCUGUGCCAGCAUAUACAUCCAGGGUUAGUUUUGAGAUGGAACCUGGAGCAGUUGGACAAACAACUGAUUUCAAAGAAUCCAAUAGGAGACUUGAGUGGAGUCUGAAAAAGAUUGCGGGUGGUUCCGAAUGUACACUGCGUGCCAAGCUAACAUUAUCACAAGAAUCACAUGCAAAUAUCACAAAGGAAGCGGGACCUGUAAGCAUGACCUUCACCAUUCCCAUGUACAAUCCUUCAAGGCUUCAGGUGAAGUAUUUGCAGAUUGCAAAGGCAUCCAAAUCUUACAACCCAUAUAGGUGGGUGCGGUAUGUUACGCAGGCCAAUUCUUAUGUGGCUCGUAUAUGAUUUAUAUAUUGAUGAUGAUAGAAGGUGGUUUGCGGGUGAAUACACCUAGUCGUGUAGAGCUGCAACUAGUCCCCCCCACCCCCCUCCCCCUCCCUUUGUUUUCUCAAUGGAGUGAGUUUUUAAGCCGUUUGUAGCUCUUGCUAAAGGGAAGAAGAUCAUUUUGUUAUAUAUAUGCUUUAUCAUCAUUUGUCUUACUGAACUAGUUUUUGUAUGUACUUUAUUUUUUUCAACAAUUUGUUGUAAUUUUUAUUGUUUGAACUCAGAGUAUUUGAAAUCAGUAUAAUGUUGAUGAGAUUUUAAAUAAUUAAAUUUGUUCUGUUUUU